AUGUGCUUUGGAGAAACCAGAUCUAAUCCGGUCAUCUCCAUCUCAAUCAUAUCAUCUCCAAUCAUCAACAUGGAUUUGUUCCUGGUCGCUCUUACCCAAGGUGGUGUCUUAUCACCUGUUCUUUUUAACAUAUUCACUGCCGAACUUCCUGGUAUACUCAGAGAAGCUGGAGUCAUAGCUAAAGUAUAUGCUGAUGACUUGAAAAUUUAUAAGACGAUCUCGCAUAAUACGGACUAUCUGGUCCUGCAAAAGGCCAUAGAUGUAACAGUCGACUGGUCCAAGAAGUGGCAGUUGCCAGUAGCUUCACAGUAG